UCCACUACUGAAAACAUCUCACGAUGAGCGGAAGAGGCAAAACCGGCGGAAAGACCAGAGCUAAGGCAAAGACCCGCUCUUCCCGUGCUGGGCUCCAGUUCCCAGUCGGUCGUGUUCACAGGCAUCUGCGUAAAGGAAACUAUGCGCAGCGUGUGGGUGCCGGCGCCCCCGUCUACCUGGCGGCUGUGCUGGAGUACCUGACCGCUGAGAUCCUGGAGUUGGCUGGAAACGCUGCCCGCGACAACAAGAAGACCCGUAUCAUCCCCCGUCACCUGCAGCUGGCUGUCCGCAACGACGAGGAGCUCAACAAGCUGCUGGGCGGAGUGACCAUCGCUCAGGGCGGCGUGCUGCCCAACAUCCAGGCUGUUCUGCUGCCCAAGAAGACCGAGAAGGCCGCCAAGUCCAAGUAAAGCUGGAGACUCGCUGACUGCUGGAAACCAGCCCCCAAAA